AUGGAUGGAGAAGCCCCAGCUAAGCCUGGAGAACAAAAGGUCACCAACCAGAGGGCAGGAUGGAAAAUGCCCGUCCUCCUCAUGCUGUGCCUGCUGCAAGCUGCAAAUGCGUUGAAGGGCCCAAGGCUGGUGUCUGGACCACCAGGGGGAACUGUCACCAUCCAGUGCCAUUAUGCCCCCUUGGUCAUCAACAGGCACCAGAGGAAGUACUGGUGCCGCCUGAGCCCCCUGACGUGGAUCUGCCACACCAUCGUGUCCACCAACCACUACACUCACCCGCGCUACCGUGGCCGCGUGGCUCUAGCAGAUUUCCCGAAGAGUGGCUUGUUUGUGGUGAGGCUGUCCCAGCUGUCCCCCGAUGACGUGGGGCGCUACCGCUGUGGCCUCGGAAACAGAAACCACGUGCUGUUCUUCAGCAUGAAUCUGACCGUCUCUGCAGGCCCUUCCAGUGCCAGCCCCACAGCCACUCCCGCUGCUGAGCUUGUCAGUGCACCCUUUGGAACAGCAUCACCAGCGGCCAACAGAUGGACCCCAGGAGCCACCCAGACUAUAGAAAGACAGGGGACAGGAUGGGACAGAGUUGCUCUGACUCCAGGAACCAGCAAAACGACAGCUUCGGCUAGGGGAAGGCAAACCCCAGGAACAACUAGGGCAGCAGCUCCAGGGACAGGCAGCCGGGUGGAGGGCUCCGUCAGGGCAACUGUCCCCAUUCCAGAGAGUUUGGCUUCAGCAAUCAGAGGCGUGUCCUCUACAACAGAAGGUGUUUGGGCGUGGGGCACCAGCAGCUCGGUAGCAAAUGGGGCUAGGGCCAAUGAGGAAGGGAGGGAGACCACCACUAAUGAGGCUGAGAGGCCAGGAGAGGAAACAGAGAGGGUCAGAAUAACCCUGGAUGCAGCCAGAAAGGUCAUAGGGACCAUUAGGCCAUCAACCCUGGUCUCAGAAAAGUGGGCUUGGGAAACCCUCCAAGAAGCACCGUCGGUUUCUAAGCCACAAGCCCUGGGCUCCGUUGAAGGGAUCACCUCAGCUGCAGGUGUGUGGACCAUGGGCCCCACCAGCAUGGAGAUGGCGUCUGUGGAGGGAAGCGCUGAAGGGGACCUAGACAUGCCUGCUGGAGACAGUGGUCCCCAAGCAACACCAAGCCAGGCCCUGGGAGCAGGGCCCCUGCAGCCUCCAGGCAAGGAGUCCUCCAUGAAUAGUGCUUCUCCAGAAGAGAAAAACAUCUCUUGGAUCCUGACUCCUGUUGCCACCGCGCUGCUCCCGCUUACGCUUGUGACUCUUGUUCUACUGCAAAGGAAGCUCUGGAGAAAGUGGGCCACUCAGGACACAGAAAGGGCAGCAGGGGCUACCUUGAUUCACAUGACACAUUUCCUGGAGCUGAGCCUCCAGCCAGGCCAGCUGCCCCAUGGGGAAGGGAAGAUGCUCCAGGAUGACUCUUCUCUUAUCCAUGCCAGCCUAAGUGUCCCGGAGAGGGACCCCGGACCCUGA